AUAAUUUUUAGCAUUCACUCUUGCAAAAUCCCAUCCUAGUUCCAAUUUUUUUUUCUCCCUCCCUUCUCCCCACUCUCUCCCCUAGACGACAAGUAAUUUAAUAUAUGUUAAACAUAUGCAAUUCUUCUAUAUUCAUUUCCACAAUUAUUCUGCUGCACAAGAAAAAUCAGAUUAAAAGAAAAAAUGAGAAAGGAAACAAAAAGCAAGCAAACAACUAUGACAAAAAGUGAAAAUAUCAUGUUGUGAUUCAUACUUAGACCACACAGUCCUCUCUCCGGAUGUAUAUGGUUCUCUCUAGCAUAAGACCAUUAGAACUAGCCUGAAUCACCUUGUUGUUGAAAAGAGCCAUGUCCAUCACAUUUGAUCAUCACAUAAUUUUCUUGUUGCUGUAUACAGUGUUCUCUUGAUUCUGCUCAUUUCACUCAACAUCAGUUCUCUCCAUCAAGUCUCUCCAGGUCUCUCUGAAAUCAUCCUGCUGGUCGUUUCUUACAGAACAAUAAUAUUCCAUAACAUUCACACACCACAAUUUAUUCAGCCAUUCUCCAGUUGAUGGACAUCCACUCAAUUUCCAGUUCUUGCCACUACAAAAAGGGCUAGGGAAGGACUUCAGGAUUAGCCCAGGCUCUGGAUAUCUAAUUCUACUCCUGGGAGAAUUUUAGGACCAACCUGAGUCCUGAUAUCUGCUGAGGAGUGAUGGAUGAGGCAGGACUCAGAAGAUGUUCAAGCAGGAGUCCGUUUAAUAAGGCAGCUUUCCACUUUAUAUACUCUGUAACCAUGGAGUACUGCGCAUGCACCAACUUGUUAUUAUGGACAGGUGUUUCCCACUUCAGUAUAACUGUGCUUCAAGCACAACACAGGUUGUCACACCCCCUUGACUUCUCAGGAAGCCUGAGACACCCUUGGGGAGGAUGGAGAGCCAAACCAGAUAUCUCAGCAAGGUUCCUUAUUGUGCUGGAAGGUCUUAUACUUCUCCCAGGGUUCCCCACUAUCUGUGAUCCUCAACAGGCUACUCCAAAAAUUUGUGACUUGCCCUAGAUCAUUGAGGUGGGAUUUGAACUCAGGCCGUCUGACUCCACAAUCUGUGCUCUUUCAACUACACUGACUGGAUUUGAAAUUUUUUUUGGAGGCAGAAGGAUGGGGAGAAGAGAGAAGGGAUGAAGUGAAAAACAAAGAGUAAAAAAAAUCAUCCUAAGGUUUCAAGCUUGGAUGACUAAAAGGAUGGUGAUGUCAUCAGAUAGAAACAGGAGAGUCAGGGGAAAGGACAGGUUUGGUGGCCGGAGUUAAGAUGAUGAGUCCAUCUUGCAAUUAAAUUUGAGAUGUAAAUUCCAGGUGUAACUAUCUAGUAAACAUAUAAAGUCUGUAUCUUGGGAAAGAUGAGGGCUAGAGUUUAAUUUUGGGAAUUCUCUGAAGAAACUAUUUAGAAAUUUGGAAAGCUUUUUUUAUGAUUUAAAAAAAUUUACUUAUCUAAGAUGACACAAAUAGAAAAUUUCUUUUUUUAUGAAUCAUGUUGGAAGAGAAAAAUAGGACAAAAGGGAAAAUCCAUGAAAUAAAAAGAAAGAAGGAAAAAAAUUAGCAUAGCAUAUAUUAAUAUAUUCAUUCUCCAUAGUUCCCUCUAUGGAUGAAGAUGGCAUUUUUUUAUCCAGAGCUUAUUGGAAUUGCCUCGGAUCACUGAACUUCUGAGAAGAACCAAGUCUUUCAUAGUUGAUCAUCACACAAUCUUGCUGUUACAGUAUAUUUUUUACCCUGUAUUUUUAUCUAGUUGCACUUGUUUCAGUCAGCAUCAGUUUGUGUAAAUCUUUCCAGGUCUUUCUAAAAUCAACUUGUCCAUCAUUUUUUAUGGAACAAUCCUGUUCUAUUACUUUCAUGUACCAUAACUUAUUCAACCAUCUCCAAUUGGUGGGUGUGUACUCACUUUUUGGAAAGCAUUUUAAUUGUCAUUUGGUAUUUAAUCAUUGAUCCCUGUUGGUAUUUAAUUAUUUGAAAGAAGAUGGAUAGUUUCUCCUAGAGCAAGGACGGAGCUCUCUGGCUUGCUUGGAGGCUGAGCCCUUAGGGCCAUUAAUGACUAAAUGUGAACUGUCUGCCAAAGCCUCCCGUAGUUCUGGAGCAUGGUAUUGUCCCGCUGCACUGGAGUCUGUGGGACUGAUUUUGAAUCUGAAGAUGUCUUCAUUGGACUGAACCACAAGAGGGCCACCCAGCUCCUCCCAAGGCCACCACCCCUCUCACCUGUGCUCUGGCUUACCUGGCCCCACCCCCCGGAAAAGAAGUUGACGGAGCUUUGGAGAGAGACCUGAGAAUGGGAAGCUGGGUCCAAUAGGGGGUCUCUCACACCCCCCCAGCAAUACAGAUGCUUGGGGAAGCAUGAACUCCCCCAGUAGUCCCCAGUUCCCUUCAGGGCUGCUCUCAGGAAGCACCUCCCCAAGUGGGGAUGAUGGCUUCUUCCCCUUUGUGCUGGAGAGGCGUGAUUCCUUCCUGGGGGGACCGGGGCCUGGGGAUGAGAAGCAAGAGGAUGAGCCCGAGGACCUGGCUGUGCUGCUUCAACGAAAGGAAAAGGACUUACUACUGGCUGCCGAGCUGGGCAAGAUGCUCUUAGAGCGGAAUGAGGAGCUGAGCCGGAGCCUGGAACUUCUCAAAGCCCAACACGCUGAACGGGAGGAGCGGCUGCAGCAGCAGAACCAUGAGCUUCGACAGGGGCUGGCGGCCCGCGGAGCUGAGUGGGAGGCUCGGGCAGGGGAGCUGGAGGUCGAUGUGGCUACACUUCGAGCUGAACUUGGGGAGCGGCGCUCAGAGCAGCAGAACAGCGGGCGCCAACGGGCCCAAGCCCUGAGAGAGCUCAGCGAGCAGAACCUCAGGCUCAGUGAGCAGCUUGCCCAGGCCUCCCAGACAGAACAAGAACUCCAAAAAGAACUGAGCACGCUUCGGGGAGACUACCAGACCCAGCUGCUGUUGGGGACCGAGAUGCGAGCCCGACUAGAAAGCCUUCAGGGAGAGAACCAGAUGCUCCAGAGCCGGAGGCAGGACCUAGAAGGGCAGAUCAAGAACCUGCAGGAGGAGGCGGACCAGGGCCAGGGCCGAGUGCAAGCCCUGCAUGAGGAGCUGCUACUGCUGAGAAGGGAAAGAAGGGAGCACAGCCUAGAGCUAGAACUGGCCCGCUCAGAGGCCAGGGAAGCACUUGUGUCCCUCAGACGUCUCCAGCAACAAAUCUCUGAGCUGGAGGAAGAAUCCCGGCUGCAGGAUUCAGAAGUUUCUGGAGCCUCCCUGCAAUCUGAGAUUGCCCACAGCCUAGAUGAGGAAGGAGACCCCCAACUUCCAAUGGGUCCUCAUGAGAUCCACAACCCCAAUGUCCUACAUGAUUCAUCGAAACCUCAGACUCUUCCUGAAGAGGGCUUGGAGCCCCCUAAGAAGCGGGCUUCCAUGAGUUCUAGAGAAAUAGUGGAAGAGAAGGAGAUGGAAAUGGAACGGCUACAAAAUGAGUUAUCUUUGCAAGUAGAAGAGUUGCAGUCUCUCCGAGAAGAAUUGCAGAGACAAAAGGAACUGAGGGAAGACAAAGACCCCGAGUCAGCACUGAGUAAGGCCCUAUCUGACCGGGAUGAAGCAGUGAACAAGUCUUUGGCCCUGUCCCUUGAACUGACUAGGAUCUCCCUAGAACGGGACUCUCUUUCCCGGGAACUGCUCAGAACCAUCCACCAGAAGGUGGCGUUGUCUCAGGAAUUGGAGGCCUGGCAGGAUGACAUGCAGGUAGUGAUUGGACAGCAGCUUCGUUCUCAACGACUAAAAGAGCUUAAUUCCCAGCCAGCAGCGCUCCCCCACGAUGCCACAAAAUUCUCCUUGGGAAGAGGGACAGGGACUGGUAGCUUCUUCACCAACCUGUUCAAAAGGACCUGAGGGGAUACUUGGGCUGCGGAUGGGAAUGAUAGUCUGGAAGUUUUUCUAGAAAGGGCUCAGAAUGCUAGGGAUUAAGGGGGCCAAUGACAUGGGGAUGUGGGAUGGCAGAAGAUAAAGACUCCAAUUCUUGGAACACAGUAGAAAUAAGGGCAGAGAAGGCUUCCAAAUCAAGCUGGCUAGGGAAGCCAAACUUUUCUCCCUCCACAAGAGCUCAGAAGUGUCUAUUUUGCAUAUUCACAAGCUUAUCUUUUCUAAAUCACAAUAAAUUUCCUCUAGCCAGGGGCUGGGGGAGAGGGGAAUCUAUACAGGGUAUUUAUGUAACAAAGUCUAACAGAGUAAUAUAUAAAUGAAUUUGAAA